UUCAGCCCGUUGAAGGAUGCCCCGUUGGGUAUCUAGCUAUAUGUACCAGAGACACCUCAAACUCAACAUGUCCAGAAAUGAACACAGUAUCUUUUUCCUUUGAAUAACUCGCCUUGUGUAAAUAAUCGGGGUGAAUGUCCCAGCAAUGCCAACGAGCUAGCUUCUACUCAGGCAGGUACAUCAGACACCUGAAUCUUAAUACCUCAUCUUCCCUCCUCAAUCUGUCACUAGGUCCUAACUUUAUUUCCUACCUUUCCAUCCCUUGCUCAUAAUCAUCAGCACCACUGCCUUAAUUUAGGUCCUAUAAUUUCUUGUCUGGAUUAUUUCAAGACUCUUUUGCCCCUCUCAAGUCUGACCUUGUCAUAGAUUGUGGAUGACUGUUUUUCCUGCAACAUCUCCACCUCCCAAUAGUCUCCAUCACUUAUUAGCCAUAUGCACUUUGGCAAAUUGCUUAAUCUACCUGUGCCUCACUUUCCUUAUUUGUAAAGUGGAAGUAAGAGUACCCACCUCAUAGGGUUGUGUGAUUAAUCAUGCAGCAGAACAGUGCCUAGGAUAUGAAAGUGCUCAAAAGUGUUACAUUAUUAUUAUAAUUACUAUUAUUGCCUUUUCACGAACAUACCUGUUUGUAUGUUCAAGCUGUUAUCUCUACUGGAAAAUUCUUCUCCAUUUCUAAUACUCUUUCCAAAACCCCCUCCUGGGUUUUACUGCACCCACCACUGUGUACUGACAUGAUUGAAUGAUUGGCUUAUGGGACUGAGCCUUUCUACCAGACUUAACUUCUUCAGGGCCGGAACUCUGAAACGUAGAACGUGUCCAAUAAAAGUUGGCUCAGCUGAAACCCUAAGGAUAAACUCCAGCCACGGCGAAAGGCGCGGCCCCGCCCGAUUCGGGGGCGGGGCGGGGAGCCCUGCGCGGAGGGUGGGCGGCUGGGGGUGGGGUGGGACUCUUUUUCCUCGCCGUGGCGGCGGAGGCGCACGGCGUGGGCUUGCGGCGAGACGGCGUCGUCGGAGGCUGAAAAAGCCCGAGGUGCUGCCGUUGCCCGUACAACUCGGACGAGCUGUCGCCCGAGCUGCGUCUGCACGGGUCUCGGGCCGAGCGGAGCCCGCAGCCUCGGUCCCAGAGCCCACCCUGCCCUCGGUCCUGCCCAGCCUGCGGUGAUGGAGCCGGCCACCGCGCUGCACCCGGGCCCGCGCCCGGCGCUGCCCCUCGGGGGCCCGGGCCCGCUGGGCGAGUUCUUGCCUCCCCCCGAGUGCCCGGUCUUCGAGCCCAGCUGGGAAGAGUUCGCGGACCCCUUCGCUUUCAUCCACAAGAUCCGGCCCAUAGCCGAGCAGACUGGGAUCUGUAAGGUGCGGCCGCCGCCGGAUUGGCAGCCACCAUUUGCAUGUGAUGUUGAUAAACUUCAUUUUACGCCACGUAUCCAGAGACUGAAUGAAUUGGAGGCUCAAACUCGUGUAAAAUUGAAUUUCUUGGACCAGAUUGCAAAGUACUGGGAGUUACAGGGAAGUACUCUGAAAAUUCCACAUGUGGAGAGGAAGAUCUUGGACUUAUUUCAGCUUAAUAAGUUAGUUGCAGAAGAAGGUGGAUUUGCAGUUGUUUGCAAGGAUAGAAAAUGGACCAAAAUUGCUACCAAGAUGGGGUUUGCUCCUGGCAAAGCAGUGGGCUCACAUAUCCGAGGACAUUAUGAACGAAUCCUCAACCCCUACAACUUAUUCCUGUCUGGAGACAGCUUAAGGUGUUUACAGAAGCCAAAUCUGACCACAGACACCAAGGACAAGGAGUACAAACCCCAUGAUAUUCCCCAGAGACAGUCUGUGCAGCCCUCGGAAACAUGCCCCCCAGCCCGACGAGCAAAACGCAUGAGAGCAGAGGCCAUGAAUAUUAAAAUAGAACCCGAAGAGACAACAGAAGCCAGAACUCACAACCUGAGACGUCGAAUGGGUUGUCCAACUCCAAAAUUUGAAAGUGAGAAAGAAACGAAGAGUAGCAUCAAGCAAGAACCCAUUGAGAGGAAAGAUUAUAUUGUGGAAAAUGAGAAGGAAAAGCCCAAGAGUCGAUCUAAAAAAGCCACCAAUGCUGUGGACCUCUAUGUCUGCCUCUUAUGUGGCAGUGGCAAUGAUGAAGACCGGCUACUGUUGUGUGAUGGCUGUGAUGACAGUUACCAUACCUUUUGCUUGAUCCCACCUCUCCAUGAUGUUCCCAAGGGAGACUGGAGGUGUCCUAAGUGUUUGGCUCAGGAAUGUAGUAAGCCACAAGAAGCAUUUGGCUUUGAACAAGCAGCCAGGGACUAUACUCUCCGUACUUUUGGGGAAAUGGCAGAUGCAUUCAAAUCUGAUUACUUCAACAUGCCAGUCCAUAUGGUUCCCACAGAGCUUGUUGAAAAAGAAUUUUGGAGACUGGUAAGCACUAUUGAGGAGGAUGUCACAGUGGAAUAUGGAGCUGACAUUGCCUCAAAGGAAUUUGGCAGUGGCUUUCCUGUCCGAGAUGGGAAGAUCAAACUCUCACCCGAGGAAGAGGAGUAUCUUGAUAGUGGCUGGAAUUUGAACAACAUGCCAGUGAUGGAGCAGUCUGUCCUUGCACAUAUUACUGCUGAUAUAUGUGGCAUGAAACUUCCUUGGUUGUAUGUGGGAAUGUGCUUUUCUUCAUUCUGUUGGCAUAUUGAAGACCACUGGAGCUAUUCAAUUAACUACUUGCAUUGGGGUGAGCCAAAAACUUGGUAUGGAGUCCCAGGGUAUGCUGCUGAGCAGCUAGAAAAUGUCAUGAAGAAACUAGCUCCAGAGCUCUUUGUGUCGCAGCCGGAUCUCCUCCAUCAGCUGGUGACCAUUAUGAACCCCAACACCCUGAUGACUCAUGAAGUGCCUGUUUACCGAACUAAUCAGUGUGCUGGAGAGUUUGUGAUUACAUUUCCAAGAGCCUACCACAGUGGUUUUAACCAGGGUUUUAAUUUCGCUGAGGCUGUUAAUUUCUGCACGGUUGAUUGGCUGCCGUUAGGCCGACAGUGUGUGGAGCAUUAUCGCUUGCUUCAUCGAUAUUGUGUGUUUUCCCACGAUGAGAUGAUCUGCAAGAUGGCUUCCAAGGCUGAUGUACUAGAUGUUGUAGUGGCUUCAACUGUUCAAAAAGACAUGGCCAUUAUGAUUGAGGAUGAGAAAGCUUUAAGGGAAACUGUCCGUAAAUUGGGCGUGAUUGAUUCAGAAAGAAUGGAUUUUGAGCUAUUGCCAGAUGAUGAACGUCAGUGUGUAAAAUGCAAAACUACAUGCUUCAUGUCUGCCAUCUCCUGUUCUUGUAAACCUGGCCUGCUUGUUUGCCUGCAUCAUGUAAAAGAAUUGUGUUCCUGUCCUCCUUAUAAAUAUAAAUUGCGGUAUAGAUACACACUGGAUGAUCUCUACCCUAUGAUGAAUGCAUUGAAACUUCGAGCAGAAUCUUACAACGAAUGGGCCUUGAAUGUGAAUGACGCUUUGGAGGCAAAGAUCAACAAGAAGAAAAGCCUUGUCAGCUUCAAGGCUUUAAUUGAAGAAUCUGAAAUGAAGAAAUUCCCAGACAAUGAUCUUUUGCGACACCUUCGCUUAGUCACACAGGAUGCAGAGAAGUGUGCCUCUGUUGCACAGCAAUUGCUUAAUGGCAAAAGGCAAACUAGAUAUCGAUCUGGUGGAGGGAAAUCCCAAACUCAGUUGACAGUGAAUGAGCUUCGGCAGUUUGUAACACAGUUGUAUGCUCUUCCAUGUGUCCUCAGUCAAACACCAUUGCUAAAGGAUCUCUUGAAUCGUGUAGAAGAUUUUCAACAGCAUAGUCAGAAACUACUCUCUGAGGAAAUGCCUAGUGCUGCGGAGCUGCAGGACUUGCUAGAUGUCAGCUUUGAAUUUGAUGUUGAACUUCCACAGCUUGCUGAGAUGCGUAUCCGUUUGGAACAGGCCCGUUGGCUGGAAGAGGUGCAGCAAGCUUGCCUUGACCCCAGCUCCCUUACUUUAGAUGAUAUGAGACGUCUCAUAGACCUAGGGGUAGGGCUGGCCCCAUAUUCAGCAGUGGAGAAGGCUAUGGCCCGGCUGCAGGAACUGCUCACAGUGUCAGAGCACUGGGAUGACAAAGCCAAGGGUCUCCUCAAGGCCAGGCCACGGCAUUCAUUGAAUAGCCUUGCUACGGCAGUAAAGGAGAUUGAGGAGAUCCCCGCCUAUCUGCCCAAUGGUGCAGCUCUGAAAGACUCAGUGCAGAGAGCCAGAGACUGGCUUCAGGAUGUAGAGGCCCUGCAGGCUGGAGGACGUGUGCCAGUGUUAGACACACUCAUAGAUCUUGUUACACGAGGCCGAUCUAUCCCGGUACAUCUGAAUUCUUUGCCAAGACUGGAAUCCCUAGUAGCUGAGGUUCAGGCAUGGAAAGAAUGUGCUGUUAAUACAUUCUUGACUGAGAAUUCUCCAUAUUCUCUCUUAGAGGUGCUGUGUCCUCGAUGUGAUAUUGGCCUUUUGGGAUUGAAAAGGAAGCAGAGAAAGUUAAAGGAGCCCUUGCCAAAUGGAAAGAAAAAAAGCACCAAAUUAGAGAGUCUGAGUGACCUGGAGAGAGCUUUAACUGAAAGCAAGGAGACUGCUUCAGCUAUGGCAACUCUUGGGGAAGCUCGCUUAAGGGAAAUGGAAGCCUUGCAGUCUCUCAGACUUGCCAAUGAAAGGAAAUUGCUCUCGCCUGUCCACGAUGUGGAUAUAAAAAUCUGCCUAUGUCAGAAGGCCCCAGCUGCCCCUAUGAUCCAGUGUGAACUCUGCAGGGAUGCUUUCCACACCAGUUGUGUGGCGGUACCCAGUAUUUCACAGGGCCCCCGAAUCUGGCUUUGUCCCCAUUGUCGGAGGUCAGAGAAACCUCCAUUAGAGAAAAUUCUGCCCCUGCUCGCCUCCCUGCAGCGUAUCCGAGUUCGUCUUCCUGAGGGAGAUGCACUUCGAUAUAUGAUUGAAAGAACCGUGAACUGGCAGCACAGAGCCCAGCAACUACUUUCAUCAGGGAAUCUUAAAUUUGUGCAAGAUCGAGUGGGCUCAGGACUGUUACAUAGCAGAUGGCAAGCCUCAGCAGGACAGGUGUCAGACACAAACAAGGUAUCUCAGCCCUCUGGCACAACAUCAUUUUCCUUGCCUGAUGACUGGGACAACAGAACCUCAUAUUUGCACUCUCCCUUCUCUACUGGAUGGAGUUGUAUCCCCCUCCACGGCGUUAGUCCAGACGUGAAUGAACUAUUGAUGGAAGCCCAGCUGCUCCAGGUAUCCCUUCCUGAAAUUCAGGAACUUUACCAGACUUUACUUGCAAAGCCAAGCCCUGCUCAGCAGACUGACAGAAGCUCACCAGUGAGACCCAGCAGUGAAAAGAAUGACUGUUGCCGAGGGAAGCGAGAUGGAAUUAACAGUCUUGAGAGAAAACUGAAGAGACGCCUGGAAAGAGAGGGCCUCUCCAGUGAGCGGUGGGAACGAGUUAAGAAAAUGCGGACCCCCAAAAAGAAGAAAAUCAAACUGAGCCACCCCAAGGACAUGAACAAUUUCAAAUUAGAGAGAGAGCGUAGCUAUGAAUUAGUUCGUUCUGCCGAAACUCAUUCCCUGCCCUCAGACACAUCCUAUUCCGAACAGGAGGACUCUGAGGAUGAAGAUGCCAUCUGCCCAGCUGUGAGCUGCCUGCAGCCAGAAGGAGAUGAGGUGGACUGGGUCCAGUGUGAUGGCAGCUGCAAUCAGUGGUUUCAUCAGGUCUGUGUUGGUGUCUCCCCAGAGAUGGCAGAGAAAGAAGACUACAUCUGUGUGCGCUGUACUGUGAAGGACGCACCAAGCCGAAAGUAAAAACACAAAAACAGAUACCCCCCCCCCACUACUUAAUGUAAUUCAGGACUCCAACCAAGAGGAUUUCUUCAAAUCUCAGCAAAGCUACAGGACUGGUACUCAAGCCAGCCUGUAAACGGUGCUAUUUCUAUUCCUUAUGGGAUCAUUUUUCCAGGACUCUUUGAAGAAAAGAAAAAACAACUAAAAAAAUUUUUGACACUUUUUGUAUUUUUUCCUUAAGAGCUGUUUGUGGUUGUUGAGGUUUGAAAAGCUGACUGUUUUUUGCAGGGGUUCCCACCAAUUUGGAAGGCAUUGAAGCUUGCACCUUUUCAUGUACAGCAUUAAAAUUUUACCUCUGUCUGGGAUUUACCAGCUUAAGAGUCCAACUCACUUCCAGGGCCCAGAAGGGCGCCCACCGGAAAUUCCAGUAAAUCCUCAUUUGAGGAGGCUCUCCCUUGUUUACUCCUUUACCAGAUUGGGGACAUUUUUAAGUUUUUCACUUUGGGGGGUUUUGUUUGUUUCUUCUUUUUCUUUAUCCACUUUUCUUUUUCCUGAUAGACUAGGUUUAUUUAUCUGAGCAAUAACUUCCGUGUUGGUUUCCGUGGCUGGAAUUAAAACAAAACAAAACAAACUUCCAAACAGUGUGUUGGUGCUUUAGCAACUGGUUGAUGUACAGAACACAAAUGUCUAGUUUCUAGUGUCACUGAUGAACUAGUGAUGUAGAAAAGAGACUUCUCUGUAAGUAAUUGCCACAGCUGUAUUUUGGCUUUCUCCCUGCCCCUUUCUUCUGCCCCUAUUUUUUGGUAGCUUGUAUCAAAUGUUACAGUUUAUAUUGUGGAAUAAAUCCUUCAUCCUAACAUAACACUAAAUGCUGAUUAUUUAGAGCCAUUAGAGCAUAGCUUCUUCUGCCCCUCUCCAGUAUGGGCUUACACAGCCAGAAGGGGUUGCUUGCUUUUGCUUCUGCCCAACCGAGUUGCAGUGGCAGUGGAUGUUAGCCUGCAAACAACAUUAGGGGAUUCUUCUUUUGUGUCCUGCUCUGUUUGGUGGACCAUAGGCCUACAGCCCUCACUAACAAAGAACCCCUCUGUCUUUAAGGACUAGAACCUGUCUUUAAAGCCGUGCUCCUUUUGCUAAAGCUUUCUCAGAAUGUUGGCAAAUCACUUCAAUCCUCAAAUCAGUGCUCCUUGUGUAAUGAUGCCAUUAUUAUAUUUGAAUUGACAGGAGAACUUGGUUUUAGGGUUAAGACGUUGGAAGGAAAUCUAAGGAACAUUAAUCUUCGUAGAGUUCCAGGUUUAGUAUAUGUCUUGAGAGGAGACUUGUGAAUUCCCAGGCUUUGCCUCCUGGUUCUCUUUCUCAUUUCUUUCUAACCAGCUGUCAUUACUGGCUAUGGAUAGCCUAUAGCUAUUUUCCUUGCUUUUCUUUUUUAAAGGGCUCUGUUCUGCAGUGGAGAAGACAUUCCGGUGAACAGAACAGACUUUUGCUUACUUUUUCCUAUUCUGUUGCCAAUAUUUGUUUUCCCCACAUUCUACAGCCAUAAACCUGAAGAUGAGUAAAUUGGUGGGUCUUUAAUAAAACAACAACAAAAACAGCAGUUUGUGAUAUAGCAGAGAUUUAAAUGUACUCUCCCCUUUUAUGCACUUCAAAAAAUUAAAUCUCUUUAAGAAUGA